UGCUGUGUCCCUCGGUCUCCGUGGAGACGGACCGCGGAGUUUUAUAUUUUCUGGCCGACCGAUGGAGCCUCGACUCGUGGGCCCCGGGCCCUACCGAGCAACUCGGCUGUGGAAUGAGACUGUUGAGCUAUUUCGAAAUGGAAUGCCCUUACGGAAACAUCGCUUUCACUUCAAAAGCUACGAAGGUUGCUUCACAGCUUCUGAGGCUGUGGAAUGGUUACACAAACUGCUAAGACGCAACCAAAACUUUAGCCCAGAAGUAACUCGUGCUCAAACAGUUCAGCUUCUCAAAAAGUUCCUGAAGAAUCAUGUUAUUGAAGAUAUCAAAGGAAGAUGGGGCAAAGAUGAUUUUGAGGAUAAUGGUAAAUUAUAUAGGUUUCCUCCUUUUUCACCAUUAAAACCAUACCCUAAACGAUCUCCUUACCGGAAAGAAAUUGUGAAAUUCCCAAAUUGGGACUUUGAAAAAGUUACUUUCCAAGAGCACAUCCCAGUGAAACCUAUCACACUGAAUUCUGAAAUGUGGUUUAAACGUCACAGCAUAGCAAUUGGAGAAGUACCAGCUUGCAAGUUCAUCCAUCAUCGAAAAUUAAAAGAGGCAAAUGUAGAAGACAUAUGGAAGUCCAGGACUUUAUCAUACUUGCAAAAAACUUUAGGUUUGGAUUCUCUGAAUGAUAUUUUGGACACUAAACUUGUAAAUCCAAAGGACAUCAUUCAGAAUGUAUACAGCGUCAACAAACAAGGAACUGUCAUUUUAGAAGAUAAGUCAAAAGAAAUUCCUCACUGGGUUCUAUCAGCAAUGAAAUGUUUAGCGAACUGGCCCAGAUAUCCAGAUCUGAAACAACCCACCUAUUCAGGUUUUGAAAGAGAUGUCUUUAGAACUAUAGCAGAUUAUUAUGCACACAUGAAGGAGCCUCUUCUCACUUUCCAGUUCUUUGAUGUUUUUGUCAGUGUGCUGGGAAUCUUGCAGGAAAAGAAGCUAGCUACUGAAGCCUUGCAGAUUUCUUGUCUUCUUCUGCCACCAGCAAAUCGGCGAAAGCUACAGUUGUUGAUGACUCUGAUGGCUAAGAUCCAGUCAAAUAAAGAUCUUCCACCUCUUUCAGAUACACUUGGAACAAGAGUAAUGAUGGUUCAAACCUUUUCUCACUGCAUUCUUUGCUCCAAGGAUGAAGUAGACUUGGAUGAACUGUUAGCAGCUAAAUUAGUAUCAUUCAUGAUGGACAAUUAUCAUGAAAUCUUAAAUGUUCCUUCAGUCUUAAAAACUGCAGUUGAGGAGCAUAUAGCACAUCUCCAAAGAGUCCAGAUAAAAUAUCCAGAAUCAGAUAUAGAUGCUAUUUUGCCAGUGCCAUCAUUUUGUCAUCAAAUUGGCACUGAUGAGUUUGAACACCAAAAAACAAAUUGUCAUCAAGGGCCACUGGCAAAUUUGUUGGAAGAAAUCACAAUGAAUAUGGAAAUGUCCAUCAAAGAAAAGAAGAAAAGAUUGAAACAGUUUCAGAAAUCUUAUCCUGAUGUAUAUAAGGAACGUUUUCCUACUCCUGAAAGUGAAGCAGUUCUUUUUCCAGAAAAAAGUAAACAGAAACCACUGUUGACGUGGACAUUUAAAAGGCCUUUCCAGCCAUUUCAAAGAACAAGAAGCUUACGCAUGUAA